GGAGGCGGGGCCUCCGUGGGAGCCGCGGUGGGAGCUGUAGCGAGUCCAGAGGCGCGAGCGAGCUGCAUCCAUGGAGCGAGCCGGAGGGCUGAGUACAGAACUUGCUAAGGUCAUCAAGCCUAUCGAUGGGAGGUCGGUGCAUCAGAUUUGUUCUGGGCAGGUGGUACUGAGUCUAAGCUCUGCUGUGAAGGAGUUGGUAGAAAAUAGUGUGGAUGCCGGUGCCACUAAUAUUGAUCUAAGGCUUAAAGACUAUGGGGCAGAUCUCAUUGAAGUUGCGGACAAUGGGUGCGGGGUAGAGGAAGAAAACUUUGAAGGCUUAACUCUGAAACACCACACUUCAAAGAUUCGAGAGUUUGCUGACCUAACUCAGGUUGAAACUUUUGGCUUUCGGGGGGAAGCUCUGAGCUCACUUUGUGCACUAAGUGACGUCACCAUUUCUACCUGCCACUCAUCUGCAAAGGUUGGGACUCGACUGGUGUUUGAUCACAAUGGGAAAAUCAUCGAAAAUACCCCAUACCCACGGCCCAGAGGGACAACAGUCAGUGUCCAGCAGCUGUUUUACACACUGCCUGUGCGCCAUAAGGAGUUUCAAAGGAAUAUUAAAAAGGAGUUUGCCAAAAUGGUCCAUAUCCUCCAGGCAUACUGUAUCAUUUCCGCGGGCAUCCGUGUAAGUUGCACCAAUCAGGUGGGACAAGGAAAACGACAGCCUGUGGUCAGCACAAGCGGAAGCUCCAGCAUAAGGGACAACAUUGGAUCUGUGUUUGGGCAGAAACAGUUGCAGAGACUCAUUCCUUUUGUUCAGCUGCCCCCUAGUGACACCGUCUGCGAAGAGUUCGGGCUCAGCUGCUCGGAUGCUCUGCAGAAUCAGUUUUGCAUCUCAGGUUUCAUCUCUCACUGUACUCACGGUGCUGGACGGAGUUCAACAGACAGACAGUUCUUUUUUAUCAAUUGGCGGCCUUGUGACCCGGCAAAGGUUUCCAGACUUGUGAACGAGGUCUACCACAUGUAUAACAGACAUCAGUACCCGUUUGUCGUUCUUAACAUUUCUGUUGAUUCGGGAUGUGUUGAUAUCAAUGUUACUCCGGAUAAAAGGCAGAUUUUCCUACAAGAGGAGAAGCUUCUGUUGGCAGUUUUAAAGACGUCUUUGAUAGGAAUGUUUGAUAGUGAUGUCAGCAAACUGAACGUCAGUCAGCAGCCACUGCUGAAUAUCGAAGGUCACUUAAUAAAACCACACUGGACAGAAAUGGAAAACCCUCUGCCAGAGAAGCAGGGGAAUCCUGCUUCUUUAGGUUCGAGAGGAGAAGAGAAAAGGGCGGUGACCAUUUCCAGACUGCGGGAAGCCUUUUCCCUUCGUCACCCAGCAGGGCACAAGCCUCAGGGCUUGCAGUCAGCGGGACAGAGCCGGGUUUCUCCAAGACAGAGGAGAAGCAUGCCUUCUUCUAGGCCCUCAGAUGCCCUCUGCCCCCAGACACCUGGCGUGGGCGCAGGCUUGUCCGGCUCUCCGGGAGGGGGGACGAGUCCGGAUGAGGACAGGGGGGAAGCAGAUAGGGACUCUGGGCAUGGCAGCACCUCAGCUGGCUCAGAGGAAGGGUUCAGCACCCUGGGUGAGGGCAGUCACUGCAGCAGCCACCGAGCAGCCAGCUCCCCUGAAGACAAGUGUUCACAGGAAAAGAUGGAGUCGCAUGAGAAGUUACCAGAAACUGGGCGUCAUUUUUCAGACAUGGAAUGCCAUUUAGACCAAGAAGACGGUGGAUGUAAAUUUAGAGUGUUGCCUCAGCCAGCCGAUCUCUCAAACACCAAGCGUUUUAAAAAAGAAGGGAUUUCUUUAAGUUCUGACAUCCCUCAAGAGUCAGUUAACAAGCAGAAUGCGUUAGUGUCUCAGGUCGACGUCGCUGUUAAAAUUAACAAGAAAAUAGUGCCCCUUGGCUUUUCCAUGAGUUCUUUAGCCAAACGCAUACAGCAGUUACAGCACCAAGAGCAGCACAGACAAGAUGAGCAGAAUUACAGGAAGUUUAGGGCAAAGAUUUGUCCUGGAGAAAAUCAAGCAGCAGAAGAGGAACUCAGGAAGGAAAUAAGUAAAACGAUGUUUGCGGAGAUGGAAAUCAUCGGUCAGUUUAACUUGGGGUUUAUAAUCACCAAGCUGGAUGCGGACCUCUUCAUCGUGGACCAGCACGCCACGGAUGAGAAGUACAACUUUGAGAUGCUCCAGCAGCACACUGUCCUCCAGGGUCAGAGGCUGAUCGUACCCCAGACUCUCAACUUAACAGCUGUCAAUGAAGCUAUCCUGCUGGAAAAUCUGGAAAUAUUUAGAAAGAAUGGCUUUGACUUUGUUAUCGAUGAAAAUGCUCCAGUCACUGAAAGGGCUAAAUUGAUUUCCUUGCCAACUAGUAAAAACUGGACCUUUGGGACCCAGGACAUAGAUGAACUGAUCUUCAUGCUGAGUGACAGCCCGGGGGUGAUGUGCCGGCCGUCCCGAGUCAGACAGAUGUUUGCCUCCAGAGCCUGUCGAAAGUCUGUGAUGAUUGGAACUGCUCUUAACACAAGUGAGAUGAAGAAGCUCAUCACCCACAUGGGUGAGAUGGACCAUCCCUGGAACUGUCCCCACGGCAGGCCGACCAUGAGACACAUCGCUAAUCUGGAUGUCAUUUCUCAAAACUGACAUUUCUCAUUUUAUAGAACAAGGCAGCUUAUUGCAGACUUUUCUGCUUUGAAAGGCAGGGUUUUUUAUCGUUUUGUUUUAUUUUUGUUUCAAAAUUAGCCUGCUACUUAAAAAGUACCAGAGCCGUUUAGAAAUGAUGUUAAGAACCUUCUGAACCAUGUGGAGCACUGCUGCAGUGUUUUUUGUUCUGCAUUUGUGUGUGUGUCUGUGUCCUUGUGUUUAUAUGUCUGUGUGUGUGUGUCUCUCUGUGUGCCUUUGUGUGUGUGUUUGUGUGUGUGUACAGGCAAGAGCACAUGUUUCAAAAACAGGAAGAGCACUUUGGAAAUUAGGCAGGCCUCUGCUCUGGCCCAACAUUAUGUUAGGCUGCAACUUUAAGCCCUUGAUGAUUAAAUUUGUAAUGGUUUAAUUUCAUAAGUUUAAAAUUAUGAUCCUUUUGGGUUAGUGCUUCUCAACCCUGAUGCACAUUAAAAUUUAAGAACCCAGUGGGGAUUCUCUGCCCAGCUGGAAAAAAAACAACCCAGGUGAUUUUUAAAUAUUAUUUGGAGCGGCCAGGGCAGUAGGCAAAGGGAAAUAAAAGGUUUGGAUUUGUCUGUAAUUUAAUGCUGUGAUGUGGUUUCGUUGGGGUGCAAACUGCAAGAUGUUCUAGUUACUGGCCCUGAGUGGUACUAGAGAUAGAAGAAUCUCUGUAUUUUGUCAAAGUUUUUCAUGGAAUUUUGUCCCAUUUGAACUCUGCCAAAAAUGCACAUAAAAAUGCUGACUGUGGAGUCUAA